CUGUAGGAAAGACAACACCUGUCUACUUUACUAGCUUAGCGGCUGAGCUACCCGCGGGAAUGCCAGGGUUCACCGCAAUGCGCGCCCCCCUGCUCGCUUUCACCACCUCUGUAUUGGACACGUUGGAAUUCCUGCGCCCUCUCGCUGCCAAUCAUAUACUUGCGACAAGCCUUUUCUGGGGUGCGGCGCCUGUUUGCAUGCCCCUUCACCAGCGCCCGCCUUGUGGUACCUCUAUCCCCUCGCCUAAUCAGGCUAGAGCUACCGCCCAUGCAGCUUCCCGAGAGCGCAUUAUUAAUAUACAGAGAGUGCUUUAUCAUCAUUUGCGGCGGACGCGGAACUGUAUUCUCCAAGGCCAGGUGUUCUUUCGCCGCACUGCGAGCGCUGGUCAGGUACAGGUCCUGCGGUUCACAGUGGAUCCAGACUCGGGGGGCGACUUCGAUUCGAGUACCGCAGUGAGGCCCCUGUUUCGGUAAUCACAAUGUCGAGCAUUCGAUGUCCGUGCACGAUGCGCUGCUCUAUCGAUGCAUAGCAAAGCUCAGCCAGAGUAAAGGCCGAGCUCUUAUACCAGAGCGGCUGGAUGCUCACAGUAGAAGUUGGUGAUUGCUAGCAAACUACGUUGGCUUUCACAAGUCUCCUCACAGCAACGAUUGAUGGUUCUCUUGGCAGAUCUACCAACAUCCAUGGAAAUAAGAUAUCACUAA